CCGCCCCGGCGCGGCCGUGCCGAAGAUGGCGGCGCUGCGGCUGUGGCGCGGCCGCUGCCCGGCGCUGCUGUGCCGGCCCGCCGGAGCUCCGCGGGCGCGGCGCGGCUUGGCCGCGGGGCCGGAGAUGCACUUCGGCUUCCAGACCGUGACGGAGGAGGAGAGGAGGGAGAAAAUUUAUCAGGUCUUUGAAACGGUGGCCAAGAAAUACGAUGUAAUGAAUGAUUCAAUGACUCUAGGAAUUCAUCGGGUGUGGAAGGAUAUCCUCAUGCAUAAAAUGAACCCUUGCCCAGGAACACUCCUCCUUGAUGUUGCUGGGGGAACAGGUGACAUCGCCUUUCGAUUCAUUAAUUACGUGCGCUCUGUGCGACAGCGCCAGCUCCAGAGGAAGCUCAAACACCAUCAGAAUUUGUCUUGGCAGGAAAUUUUUGAGAGCUACCAGAAGGACAAAGUUAACUCACUAGGGGAUUCCCAAGUGGUGGUCUGUGACAUCAACAGAGAGAUGUUAAAAGUUGGGAAGCAGAAAGCACAGCAUCUUGGCUACUCUGAAGGCUUGUCCUGGGUACUUGGGAAUGCUGAAGAGUUGCCCUUUGAUGAUGAUAAGUUUGAUGUUUACACAAUUGCCUUUGGAAUCCGAAAUGUAACUCGUAUUGAUUUGGCACUUCAAGAGGCCUAUCGUGUGCUGAAACCAGGAGGAAGAUUUCUCUGCCUUGAAUUUAGUCAUGUCAGCAACCCUCUUCUCUCCAGGCUCUAUGAUCUCUACAGUUUCCAGGUUAUCCCUGUUCUGGGUGAGGUUAUUGCUGGUGACUGGAAGUCUUACCAGUAUCUUGUGGAGAGCAUCCGACAGUUUCCCCCUCAGGAGGAGCUGAAGGCAAUGAUAGAAGAUGCAGGCUUUUUCAAAGUGGAUUAUGAGAAUUUGAACUUUGGCAUUGUUGCCAUUCACUCAGGUUUCAAACUGUGAGUCUGGGUAGCAGAACACCCAAAGUAUAAUUUUCAUGAGGGAUAUGAAAGCUGUGGAAUUUUAAUGGUAUUAAAAGGAGUUCUAAGAAGUUGUGCAGCAGGUACUUGCUGAGCAGCUGGGCUCAGAAGAACACAAGUUACCUCUCCCCACCAAGAAACCUGUGGAGUGACUCCAGUGGCGUUUCUUACACUUUCAUUUCCUCCAAGUGCAGUGUGAAGGAUGUGGCCAAAACUGAGCAAUGCUGACAAGCAAGGCAAGUUGGCAGUGGGUGUGGAUAAAGAAAUAGACUGAUUAGUCUCCAAAUAAGAUGCCUUUCUUUUUACUAAGCUUUAAAGGAGGAUAUUAGACUUGUGAAAGUAACUUGGAUUUAUGAAGUAACGAUGGACUUUUAUGAAGCUGUUAUUAUCUUUGUCAUGUGGAGUUUAAGGAUUUUUUCCCAUGACUCCUUCUUUCAAAGGCAAAUGGAAGGCUUAUGAAAUAAAAGGGCUCUGCAUCAA